GAGAGUGAGUCAGAGAGAGGAAGAGAGAGAGAGAUGCAGCAGCUCAGCGUCUCUCACUGACUUCCUCAGAGUUUGGACUCGGAGAGGACAGAGUGCACAUCUCCAGAUUGUCUCCUGCCCGAGAGUGUGUAUCGCAUGCGUGCGUGUGCGUCUGUGAGUCUAAAGCUAUGGCAAGUGCACAGCCGGGGGUCCACGCUUUGAAACUUCAACCUCCCUCCGUCUCUCACACCCUGAGGACCGGCAGUAACUUCAUUAAAUGGGACGAGGACCUCUCCACUGUUACACCAGUAACUCUGUGUGUGGACCCACAUGGGUUUUACCUGUACUGGACUGACCAAAACAAGGAAACAGAGUUGCUGGAACUGACCCUCAUAAAAGAUGUGAGGACAGGCCGAAACACCAAAACACCCAAGGAGGCCAAACUGAGGGAGCUGCUGGAUGUAGGCAACCUGGUUGGACGCCUCGAGAACCGCAUGGUCACUGUGGUUACGGCCUUAGACCUGGUAAACAUCAACCAGCUGAAUUUCAUCGCUACACAAGAGGACGAGGCCAAGCUGUGGUGCGAGGCACUCUUUUCUCUGUCUUCCAAUCUGCUGAGUCACAAUCUCAGCAGGGACCAGAGUCUGCUCAAAAUGUAUGUCAGACUGACCCUCCAGCCAAACACUGAGGGAAGAAUCCCUGUCAAAAAUAUCGUACGGUUGUUUUCGUCGGACAGGAAGAAAGUGGAGAACGCUCUGGAGAACUGCAAGCUGCCCUACGGACGGGUAAACACCAUACACCAUGAGCACCGUAUUUUUACUUUGGUUUGUUGCUAAACUCCUAAUGGAGAUGAUGUUAUGCAUAUGUAUGAUGAAUAGAUUUUAGUGAUUGAUGCGUGAAGGUAAUGGUCACAUAUUUUAUGUUUAUAAUACAGGAGGUCCUCGGUUUACGACGACCUUGACCUAUGGCGUUUCGUCAUUAUGUCGCCACACCCCUUACGUAUACAUUAAGAAAGUAAUGUUUUGGCUUUGUUUAGAUUCAGUAGUGAUAUGUUCUUCGUUAUGACUCACAAUCAUAAGUGAGUCUUCC